AUGAAAAGCACUGUAAAAGCGUUAGGCAAUGGUUGUGAUGAUGGUCAUGGUGGUGCCAAUAAAGAGGUGUGGUGGUUGGGCUACAGAGGUAGCAAUGGUGAUAGGGGAGGCGACAAUAUCGGUGAUGAUGGUGGCAGUUGUGGCUGUGGUGGUAGUGGUGUUUAUAGUGGUGGUGGCAGCAGCAGUGGCUGCAACGAUGGUAGUGGCAGUUGUGGUUAUGGUGGUAUUGUGGCAGGUAUAGUUGUGGUGGUGGUUGUAGUUGUGGUGGCGGUGGCAACAUUAGUGGUGGCACUGGCAAUAGGUGGUGCAUAA